AAGGGGCGGGGCAACUUACAAAACAUUUGGAGCAUGUGGCGCCAAUUUUUAUCUGCUGUGUUAUCCAAUUCACAACACAGUCUCCGGCCGUGAGGUGUGCCCUGGAUGUGCCUGACUGACUGUGUUACUUUGUCGCAGUUUUUGAAGAAUCAGUUUUCACAUAUUCUUGAAAUUGGACUAAAAUGGCUACAAGACGAGCAAAACGCGAAGCCGGAGUAAAGGAAUUGACCCCCCAGGAUCUUAAGGAACCAGUCCGAAGAUCAUCACGACACGACCUGGCACCUAAGCGCCUCAAAUACUCUCCUGAGAGCAGCCCAGAUGAAAGCAGGAAACAAACAAAAACAAAACCGCACGAUGCCAAAAGCAGACAGAAAACCCGAAAAAACAUCAAAAAGGAAGAAGAAGAAGAUAUUAAAAACAGUGAUGUGGAUCACACAUCUGGUGGACACAGAGAACUUUCAGAAUAUGAACUGGAGCGUCUGGAGAACAUCAGACAGAACCAAGCCUUUUUGACCUCCAUCAACUUACUCCAGGCGACUGAUGAGUUGAAGCAGUUGACGCGACCAAAGCCAUCGCAGAGGGGUCUCUUGAGGUCUCAUGCUGCUGUGAAGGAACUGCUGCCAGCUCGAAAAUCUCUUCGUCUCCAAAAGAAAGAGGCAGAGGUCCUGACCCUUCCUCCGGAACCGAGAGGGACGCUGGUCUAUGAAGAGACCACUCGUCUCAGGAAGCCUCCUGGUCCUCUACCAAUGGAUCCAAUCAACAUGGAGGAGGGAAGCAAGUUGCCGUCAAACCUUCUUGAGCUCUGUUCUGAGGAUUCAACACUAGACAAAAAGACAGAACUCGACCUGAAAGAGUACCGCACAGCCCUGAAGAGCAUGAGGAUCUCUGAGGAUAAAGUGGCCAAAGUGGUGAAAGACCGCAUCUUCUCUGCAGCCUUCCACCCCUGCUCCAGCAGCCUAUUAAUGGCUACAGGAGACAAGUGGGGUAAAGUGGGCCUCUGGAAGUUGGGUGGUGAUUGGGGCGAUGAUGGCGUGCUGCUCUUUGAGCCUCACACUCGUCCAGUGGGCUGCAUGGCGUUCUCCCCGGCUCAUCCCACCGACCUCUUGAGCCUCAGCUAUGACGGAACUCUGCGCUGCAUGGACGUAGAGAAGGCGGUCUUUAAUGAUGUGUAUGACAUCGGCGAUGGUCUGAAAACAUUCGACUUCAUGUCACAUGACUGCUCCACACUGGUGGUUGGGAACUGGUAUGGAGAAGUUGCCAUUGUGGAUCGGCGCACUCCAGGAAACUCACACGAGUCCCUUCACUCUGUGGACCCCAAAACACUCCGCUGUGUCAGUGUCCACCCUUUACAGAAGCAGUACUUUGCUGUAGCAGAGAGCAAGAUAGUGAGUAUUUACGACAGCAGAUGCCUUAAAAAGACAAAGAGCCCGGCAGUCUCCCAGCUGCAUGGGCACUCUUUGAGCAUAUCCAGCGCUUAUUUCUCCCCUUGUACGGGAAACAGAAUCCUCACCUCCUGCAUGGAUAACAGCAUAAGAGUAUACGACACCUCAUCAAUGACUUCUAGAACCCCUUUGCUGUCAUCCAUCAGGCAUGACAUGCACACGGGCCGCUGGCUGAGCAAACUAUCAGCAGUGUGGGACCCUAAACAGGAAGACUGCUUUGUCGUUGGGAGCAUGUCGAGGCCACGAAGGGUGCAGGUGUUCCACGAAAGCGGGCAGCCUCAGCACUCCUUCGUGGAUGAUGAGAACCUGAACACGGUGCUGUCUGUCACCGCUUUCCACCCCACAAGGAAUGCCUUACUUGGAGGCAAUGCAUCAGGGCGCCUGCAUGUCUUCUCCGACUGAGAAAGAGCAUGACAUGACCAAGACCUCCAUGUGCCUUUUAAAGGCACAGAGAACACUGUAAGGACAUUUUUACAGUCUAGAGGUACAAGUCGUACACUGUAGAGGAAUAUAUAGCUCACUGAAACUUAUCGUGACAAUGUUGUCAUAACUAAAACACAGUAUUGUCAUGCAUUUCUCACUGCAGGGGAGAAACAUGUUUGGAUAGAUAUUACAUUUUGGGGGCAGUAGAAUUACUGAUAAACUUUAAGAGGACACAGUAUCUGUUACAAAAUAGUUCAAUUUUCUGUCUCAGCAUUCACAACAGAACACUUUCUUUCUCCAGAAGUAAGGUGGUGUCAGAACGGAGCAGCCGUCUUUGAUGCAUCUUAUAGUGAAGUUUGUCUCAGCCUUAUAACACCACAUGUAAAGUUACCAUUUAUCCUCUUUUGUGUUUUCAAUUUUACAACAACAUGAUGGUGUUUUCAGUUUCUACAAAUUUGAUUUGUAUUUUUUUUGUUCUACCUUUUUUAGAUGCUCAGUAGGACACAGUGAAUGUAAAUGAAGCCUAUCAGUUGGCACCAACCAAAAAUAAGACUCCAAAAGUUCAUCUUUGCGUCUCUUUCCAGGAAGUUGACUAACUAGUUGUUUACCAUUUUUUUAAUCAAUGGUGUAUUUAUAUUAAGUGUGGAUAAGUUUUAUUGAACUACACGUACAUCAUCUAUAUAAAAAGAUCAACUUUUCCGUCAUUUAGUUUUUUAAUAGUGGUCUAUGUUGACCGAGGCUUGUCCAUCUUUGAGAUAAGAGAGUUUAUUUUCUGUUCAUUAUCCCAAUCUAGGUUUGAAAACACUGAGCAGACACGGCAGGUUUUGGAUAUAUUUCAGUUGUUUGCUUCGCUUGGAACUUCUCUGUUCUCGUUAUCAAUUUCUUACAUUCCCAAUGUCUCACAGAACCAAAGCAAUCCUCCACAUGGAUCUGUAUAUUUUUGUUGAAAAGGGCUAAAGUGUGAAAGUGCCUGUUAGAAAAUUGUGUUUUUUAUUUGUUUGUUUGUUGCUUCUGAUGUUAAAACAAUAAAUAUAGAGACAUUUUUAUACCAAA